CCUCAAAGAGACACGUUCAAGUCUGACACUUGCACAGGUAUUUUUUCUAUCUAUCAGCUUUUAAAUCAAAGUUCUUUAAGGCACUUUUUAAAAGCUUGACUUGUGAAAACAUGUCAGUUUCCAUUGGACUUGCCUCCUUUACUCAGCAGGCAUGGAACAAAGUGCUGUCAAAGGUAAAUAAAGCAGUUGUUUUCAUGGACGACAGAUGUGCUGAAAGUUUGCAUUGGAAUGGGGGAGCACAGAGGCUGUUUGAAGCGGGGGCUCAGAAUGUGAAACAGUUUUCCAGUUUCGAAGCCGGGGGUGCAAAACAACCAAAAGCUGUUUUUGUUGUGAGCACUCUAUUAAAAGGCAGAACGGCAGACGUAGUUAAAGACGUCAUCGGCCUCAGCUCUUUCCAGUACUGCGUUGUGGUCACCACUGUUGCUCACUCCAUUCAUCUUUUAGCAAAUAAUGCCAGCCCCGAAAUGGAAGGUAGGCGCGUUUUUGAGCAGUUUGAGGAAAAGCUUUGUGAAUGGAUGGGCGACAUGAAUUACACUGCCGAAGUGAUGCAUGCCCCGUUGUUUUUGGCUCCAGUAUCCCCUCAUCUGCUUAUUGCACCUGCCUUUGGAAGUGUGUUUCCCCUGGUAUCACAGGAUCUGGAUCAGAUAAACACCAGUCGUCCGGACAAAAAGAAAUUUGGAAGCCUUGACGACGUGGAUCUGCAUUCUCUGCCACCUGAGCUGCAGAUAGAGAUCAAAUCCCUUGCUUCUGGGUUGAACUCGAUGUUCGAUUUUUUACACGUGAGAGAAGAGUGUUUUGCUGUGGGACCCACAAGUCGAAUCAUUGCAGGGGAGCUUGCAAACCACCAUCAAGCGAAGAACAGAAGAAAGACGGCGCAAUACAAAUCUUCAGUAGUGUUCAUUGACAGAACGCUUGAUUUGACAGGAGCUGUUGGUCAUCACGGUGACAAUCUGGUAGAGAAGAUUCUGUCGGCUCUGCCUGAGCUGUCGGGGCACAACAAUGAGGUCAUGGUGGAUAUGUUGGAACUCACUUCCCUUCAGAAGAAUGAAGACUCACACAAAAUGAUUGCACCAGGCCAUUUAGCACAGCCAAAUGAUCCUGCAGCUCAAGCCCUGUGGGAGUCCAUGCUGAACAUGAAGCACAAGGAGGCUGUGAUGGAGGUCCGGAGACACCUGGUGGAGUCUGCCAGCAAAGAAAACCUGCCUAUUAAGAUGAGCCUUGGUAGAGUCACACCUGAGCAACUCAGUUCCUACAUCCAUCUGUUUAAGAACAACUUCCAAGCCAUGCAGAACCACUGCGGGACCCUGCAGCUCUCCCUGGCGACUGUACAGACACUGAGGAGCCCCCAGUUAACCAAGUGGGACAGCUUCCUGGCUUUUGAGCGCCUGCUAUUACAGGCUCUUGGGGAUUCCGACUUGCCCGAAGUUUUAAGACAAAUUUUGCCAAUGAUCAAGUCCAAGAGAGAAAGGACAGAUGAUGACCAGAGCCCAGAGGACCUGCUUGUGCUGCUGGUGUAUGUCUACUCCUUGGUCGGGGAAGUUGUGCUGAGCAAGCAGCUUGAAGAGGCAGAACUGGAGGUGAAGAAGGCUUUGGUACAGGCAGUCUGUGAUGAGCCAGAAUUGUCUUCACUCUUACAAAGAAUAACAGGGUGUUUGUCCUCUAAGGAGCUGACGCUUGACAAGGCGCACAUUGCUGUGGAUAAGAUGUUUGAAACCCUGAGGGGGAUAACGAAAUCCAGAGCACACAUGAAGCAGUUCAGAGCUGUGUACAGUCCAGGGGACAGUGCGCACCAGGGAACAUAUAAGCCAUUGCUGAAGCAGGUUGUGGAGGAGAUAUUUCACCCCGAUCGGCCUGACCCUGUGGAUAUAGUGCACAUGUCUGCAGGCCUGACGGAUUUACUGAAAACUGGAUUCAGCAUGUUCAUGAAGGUGAGCCGCCCCCACCCAAGUGACCACCCCCUUCUCAUCCUGUUUGUGGUGGGGGGAGUUACACCUUCAGAAGUCCGUUUGAUUAAAGAAGUGGCAUCAUCACACAAGUCUGCCCUUCAGGUAAUCGUGUUGUCCUCUAGACUGCUGAAACCGCUCGACAUUCCUGAACUGCUGUUUGCCACUGACCGUCUUCAUCCAGAUAUUGGCAUGUGAACAGAAAACAUGAAAGGGUGACAUGGCCAGCAUUGCCCCCAUCACUGUUCAUGUGAGCAAAGAAAUGUAAAUGAAAAUCCAUUGAAAUUCAUCUCGGUACAGCAGGAGCUUUUCAAGCGAUAACAAAAUCAAUCUGUCAAUCAGGGCUUCGAUGGCUGUUGAUGUUGAUGCAUGAUCAUACACCACUUAAAAUUAUGUUAAUAAAUUACUGAAUACAAUUCAA